GCCAGACCGGAAGUGUUAGCUUUAGCCGUUACGCUUUUUUCGGCUAAUGGUUGCAGGCUUGCCUUCUAGAGACCUUGGCUGUGUGGAAUACAUUCAAGACGGAGGGCGGGUAAUAUUUACAGCACUUUCGACCCGGGGCUGAAUCUUAUAGGGCACAUCGCUUCUGUUUAUUUAAUCUUAAUAAAUAAACAGCGGCGAUAUUCUCGAAAACGGACCGCUAAUCUUUACGCAUACUUUCUGCCGCGGUGUUUUUUCUUCUUCGUGUAGUCAAGCGCUCCGGAAUCCACAUUACACAUGAUCCGAUAAGAGUUCGCGACGCAAAUGAGACGACGUUGCGUUCUUUUCACGUCUUCACGUAACGUUAAAUCUGUGUAUUCGCUAAUUCUAUCCGGUCUGUGAAACAAACUGAAGUGCCGGCGCGUUUAUGUUAACUGUUAUUUUGUUGAGGGGGCGAACCGGUCUCGGCUGUUCUCCCUUUGUUUGGGCCCAGGACUCGGCUGAAUCCACUGGAGCUCCGUCUCUAACGACUCAUUCGACCGCUAACGCUAUUUCAGGAUGGCUCCACAAAAGCACGGAUCUGGUGGCAACGGUUUUUAUGCCAACAGCGGCGCGAGCAAAGCGGCUAAUGGAGGAGCGCACGUAUCGUCCGGUGUUGUGAUGACUUCAGUCAAGCGACCCAAGAUGGAGCAGGUCCAAGCCGACCACGAACUCUUCCUGCAAGCCUUCGAGAAACCAACUCAAAUAUACAGAUUUCUUCGCACAAGGAAUCUUAUGGCACCAAUCUUCCUGCACAGAUCUCUUACAUAUAUGUCCCACAGAAACUCAAGAAUAAAUUCUAAAAGAAAAUGCUUCAGCGUGAAUGACCUGCUAUUCAAAGUAGAGAAGUCGAAAGUGGAUCAGGAAUCUCACAACAUGGCAUCAAACCUGCAGCUCACUUUUACUGGAUUCUUUCAUAAAACUGAGAAGCCACUGCAGAACUCAGAGAAUGAAGAAAACUCAGUGUCUGUGGAAGUGCUACUUGUCAAGGUCUGCCACAAGAAGAGAAAGGAUGUAAGUUGUCCAGUGAAGCAAGUGCCUACAGGUAAAAAGCAGGUGCCUCUGAACCCAGACAGCAGCCAGACCAAGCAUGGAGCUUUCCCCACACUGAACGUGCCCAGCCAAGAGUUUGAACCCAGUAACAGCCACAUGGUGAAGUCCUACUCCCUUCUGUUCAGAGUGUCUCGUCCAGGGGGGAGAGAGCACAAUGGCAUGACCACCAGAGAUACCAAUGUUAUGGAAGAGCUGUCUAACAGAAAGAAGAGAUACUGCUCUAAUCAGGAUGAUGGAGAAACUACAUUCGUUGCGCAAAUGACCGUUUUUGAUAAAAAUAGACGCCUCCAGCUUUUAGAUGGCGAGUAUGAAGUCUCCAUGCAGGAGAUAGAGGAGAGUCCUGUAGGCAAGAAAAGGGCAACGUGGGAAACCAUACUAGAUGGAAAGUGGCUUCCACCCUUCGAGACCUUUUCUCAGGGACCCACGCUGAAGUUCAUUUUGCGAUGGACCAAUGACACUGCUGACAGGGGAACGGCACCAGUGGCCAAACCGCUUGCCACACGCAAUUCUGAGUCCAGCACAGUAGACAGCAGCAAGCCUAGCAAUCUGAAGCCGCUACAGGCAGUAGCUGUUAAUGAAUCAAUUGGUGCUGAUUUACCAGUAAGAAGAGAACAAACUCAUGUUGAACCUCGUCAGAAACUACGUGUUUAUUAUCAGUUCCUGUAUAACAAUAACGCACGGCAGCAGACGGAGGCCAGAGAUGACCUGCACUGUCCCUGGUGCACGUUGAACUGCCGAAAGCUCUACAGUCUCCUCAAGCACCUCAAGCUCUCCCACAGCCGCUUCAUCUUCAACUAUGUGCCUCAUCCUAAAGGAGCCAGGAUAGAUGUGUCGAUUAAUGAUUGCUAUGAUGGCUCUUAUGUGGGCAACCCUCAGGACAUCCACUGCCAGCCUGGCUUUGCCUUCAGCCGCAACGGCCCGGUGAAGAGGACUCCAGUUACACACUUUCUUGUCUGCAGGCCCAAGCGCUCAAAGCCCAGCCUCUCUGAGUUCCUGGAGCCAGAGGAUGGAGAACAGGAGCAGCAGCGGACAUACAUCAGCGGCCACAACCGCCUGUACUUCCACAGCGACAGCUGCACACCACUUAGGCCACAGGAAAUGGAUGUGGACAGUGAGGACGAGAGGGACCCAGCAUGGCUCAGAGAGAAGACCGUUAUGCAAAUCGAUGAAUUCACGGAUGUCAACGAGGGAGAGAAAGAGGUCAUGAAAUUGUGGAACCUGCAUGUAAUGAAACAUGGAUUCAUAGCUGACAACCAAAUGAAUCAGGCCUGCUUGUUGUUUGUGGAGCAGCACAGCACCACCAUCAUCGAGAAGAAUCUUUGCCGGAAUAUCCUGCUCCAUCUGGUCAGCAUGCACGACUUCGGUUUAGUAAAUACAGCGACCAUAGAUAAGGCCAUGGCUCACCUGAAACCGCAGAAAGACGGCCAGGAGCAAUCCAAAGACGAUGCUGAUGGUGGAUCCAGCUGCGAUGGUGAUGCCAGUGUAUCAAGUUUAGUCAACACCCAGAAUCACUGAAACCUCCUCCUCACACUCUGUGUUGAAUGGAGUGUCAGCAGGCAUCCGAGAGCCACCAAAUUCUGCUCGCUCACAGGGUUCAAGUUGAUGUUGAGUUAAAGCGGGUUAUGUGGUUGGAUGGCCACAUACUCUGCAGAUCAUGAUUUUGCCCUGAUGUCAUCAGAGUUCAAAGCAACUCUUUACUAGGUUCAAAUUACUUGAAAAUGCCAUUAGUCUUUAUGAUGGACUGUACAAGCAGGUCAGAUUUUUCUCUUCCCGCACAACUCAGUAGCUCUAGUUAAACUUGUUUUAGGUGCCUGUUUUUAAAAGGACUGUGAAGAUUUUCUUUUUAAUAUAUUUUGAAAAUCAGUGGAUGGAAAUGGCUCCUACAAACUAGCUUUUACUGCAUAUUUUUCACAGGGGUUGAUAAACUCGUUCUGAAAACGUUUAUUUGCGCUUGUGUAUGGUUUCAUUUCUCUUUUUUUGGGGGUGGGUGGGUGGGGGGGGUUCAGCAUUUCAGUUUGUGCCAUCCCAAGUUUUUCUUUCUUGCUUGCUUCAUGGUGGCUUAGUAUCCACUUCAAUGUUGCACCACACUUGAAGACUACAACUUAAAAACAAAAAAAACCCUGGUUUUUCUUUGGAAUCUUGGAUUGAAGAACGAGCAUCAGUGCUGCAGGCCGUCUGCGUCCACACUGCAGAGUUUAUCAAGUUUUUCAGAGCCUUAAUUUUACUGACAUUGAAACACAAACAUACAGGUACAGGGUACUACAACCGGUGGAUUUCAGAAAUGUUUACACUUGCCUUACCCAUGAAUACGUGGACUCUAAGCAGGGUUUGAACUUUUGGUCUAAAUCAGUGUGGAAAGGUUUCAUUUAUUCUUGUUUGAAUAAUUUCAAACUGUGUCCGGUUUAUACAUUAGUUUAAUCACAGUGCAUCUGCUCUGAUGUCCAUUGGUUUAUCUCGAUUCCACUUGUCCUUUUCAGUGGCCAUUUGUUUGAUUUUCAGGUGUUUCUGAGGAAGCCUGUUGUAACGUUGUACAUAGGUUUAGUGAUAUUACACAAUGUCUUUGCUGAAGGGGACUGCAUUCCAGAAGGAAUAUUAUUUUAGACCAAAGUGAAAUGGCUAUAAUGUUUGUCUAGUUGGUUUCAAAUCAGAAAUGUAAGUCUUUAUAGUUUUUUGUUGUUGUUGUUGUUGUUGUUGUUGUAUGCAUCGGUUUUAAAUUUUUAAAGGGAUCUGUUUGUGAAUCAUUACUGCUUUAUUUCUCUACAACUGUGCACUGGGUUGGAAAAUGUUUUUGGUCAAUAUUGGAGAGAGAUCAAUUACUUAACUGGCUGAAGCCAUUGUGUAAUUGCAAUUUUUUUGUGUAACACUCAAUACAGCUAUGAUUACACAGGAUGUGGAUUAAUGAUAGAAAGUAAUGUCAAAAAAGAUACUUAUAUCUUGAAUAAGAACAUUAUGAAACCUGCUUGGGUUUCUGAAUUGUGCUUGAGGUUGCUCUUUAUUUAAAAUAAAGAUUUUUUGUUUUACAAUU